AUGGCGCUCUUGACCACACAGAUGGAAAUCUUGUUUUUUUGGUCUCCGCUGUCACCCCUGCUUUGCAUUGCAAUCUUGACAGCUGCUGCGACCAAUCUGCUGAUGUUUAACUUGGGCAUCGAUUCGUUCGGAGUUUGCCUCCCAUCCGACGAGAUUAACGAAGGGGCGGCAAUGUCAAGCUCGUAUCUGAGCUUGACGCUCUGGGCUGGGUCAUUCUUCCAGCUCUGGCAUGCCUUCAGCGCAGGUAUGGCUGGACGCUCUGCCUUGCUGGCCUUUACGGUUGCCGUGAUGGGUCCCUGGGCGAAGCGCUUUCUGCCAGUGCGCACGGUAAAGCAGACUUUCUGGCCGGGUGCCCCCGAAACAGGCGAGGCCGAACAGGUGGUCGUGGAGAUGAUGCAGGCAGAGAGGCACGCAGAGGCAUCGCAUUCAGCACAAGACACAG